CCCUUUUGCUCUCCCAAAAUCGAGUUUACAGAUGAUGGAACAGCAACCCAAACUAAGGUUCUGCUCUCCAUAUGGUAGCUGGACUGACAGAAGAAUGAAGGAGGUAAUCAGGAUUCCCUGGAGGGAGUUUGCAUUUCAGGAGCCAUGCACCUAUGUUGCGAAGGACCAGUUUUAUGGGCCAUACUCCAUGCAUCCCCCAGCUCAAAUUUCUUUACCCGUCAAUCUGGACUUCAAGCAUGACAGCAACAACAAGAUAAAAGCUGUGAUCAGCAAAGAGUACAUUCCUGAAGGUACAUACUUUGGUCCACUGAUUGGGAAGAUCUACUCCAGAGAAAAUAUUCCCAAUCAUGUAGACCGGAAACACUUUUGGAAGGUUUUUUCUGCAGAAGGAAAACUUCACCACUUUGUUGAUGUGAGUGACCCUUUUUUCAGUAACUGGAUGUGUUAUGUGAAUCCAGCUCCCACCUAUCAUGCUCAGAACCUGGUGGCCUGCCAGCACAACCUGGAGAUCUUUUUCUAUACUACAACUCCCAUCUUAGCAGGGAUGGAACUUUUGGUUUGUCCUACUCACGGGGAAACUGGGCUUUUACGGGACUUGUAUCCAAGGGAACUUACACCUGAGCCAGAAUGUCUAAACUUGAAAAAUCUUCCAACAGAACCUUCAUUUGAGGUGCCCUCUCAUCCACCGCAGAUUGACUCGAAAGAUAAGAAAAAGUGCAGAGUAAUCACCAUGAAAGACAAAAGGGAAGAUGAAGAAGAAAAUGUUGAACAGGAUGUGCCAUCAAGGAAGAUAACAGGCCACAAAAACAUAAAACCUAUGACAGAUGACUUUCACAGAGUUGGAAAACAGCCUAUGAAGAGUUCCUGCACAGAAUCCAUGUUUGAAUUUGCAGAAGAGAUGCUUGGUCUCCCGGGAGAGAGAAAUAUGGGAAGAGAAAAUCAGUGGCAUCAUGGAUUUAGUCCAUGCAACUCAAUGAAUUCAUCACAGAUGGAACAUAAUAUUUGGAACAAGUAUUCACCCUGUUCAGAAUGUCAUUACAUGGGCAAAAUGCCCAACACCUAUUGUCGUAUCUGCAGCACCACUACUGCCCAUUACCCUAAAUCUGAAAUGGUGUCUCAGGAUCUCAGCUUCCCAUCAGGUCCAUCACUAACCAAUUCAAGGAAGAUUAAAUCUCAAAGUUUAUCUUCCCGGGAUAUGAUGGAGAAACAACCUCUAUAUCCCAGGAUAUAUCAUGAUGUCUAUCUUCCCAUCUUGACUCAAGUAAAAUACAAUGCUAAAAAAUCUCCAAAUCUGUUCUCUUUCUAUGCUGGAACAUUUUCACUUCUGGGCUGUAAUUAUGAGAAUCCAACCCUUUUUCAUGGCUUGAGAAGUCAACAGUUGCAAGCUGCUUCUCCAACUUUGUGUCAGCAUGAGCCUGUGAACCUCAGUACUCCCAAAAACUAUUCCUCAAUGUCAAAAGAAGGCAACAAAUCCAAGUCAUACCCCCUGAACAGGAAGAAUGGCAAAAUUAGAUAUGAGUGCAAUGUCUGUGCUAAAAACUUUGGGCAGCUUUCCAAUCUGAAGGUUCAUCUGAGAGUACAUAGUGGUGAGAAACCUUUUCAGUGUCAGAUCUGUAAAAAACGAUUCACCCAGUUGGCUCAUCUGCAGAAACAUAAUCUGGUGCAUUCAGGCAAGAAACCACAUCAAUGCCUGGUCUGCUACAAACAUUUCAACAGUAUCAACAAAUUCCAAACCCACCUACGGCAGCACUUGGGGGAGAAGCCCUGUGGGUAUUGGCUUUGUCCAUUCAUCCAGCUUCUUGAUGAACACCCAAACCUGAACCAAUGCCCUGCCGGUAUCAGAGGCUACAUCCACCCAUCCAGCUACUGCCAGUAAGGCCCCAUCAACUGGCUGUUCUCCUGCUCCUGCUCUGUUCUAGGCUUCAGUACCAUAACUUCGAUUUCAACCUCAACGUUGAUCAAAUGGAAGAGGGAAGCUGCAUUUGGUUAGGACUGCUCAGGUUGUAGAAACUAUUGUUCUGGAGGAAACCGUACACUUUCAUGAAGAAUGACUCCCUCUGCUUGUUUAGCUUAGCCUCCAUACAAAAUUGGCACUCUUGUCAAUGAACAGUUGUACUUUUGUAGUAGGAGAGAGCUCUUACCAAUGCAUUCAAACAUUUGUAGAGCUGUUGCUGUUUGAUCUUCAAUAACUUGACACUUGAGGUUAGAGGGAGAUACCUGUUUACGUCUUACUAUUUUCUGAGAUAGGCAAGAUGGUUAUAAAAGAUGGGACUUCUUUCUAUGUCAC